GCUGAUGGUGGCGGGAGACCUCUAGCGUGGGGCUCAGUAAGCAGCUGGUGUGUUGUUGAUGGUGGGCUGCUGCUGCUGCUGCUGCUGCUGGAGCUGCUGCUGCUCCCUCACACACACAUGUGACCCUCCAUGCUCACCUCCUCACUACUCAUCACCGACGGCCACUGGAGUGUGAGGGGUGGUGGAGGACGAGUCGUGGUGGGGAGCUGCACCCAUAACACGUAUAUCUGGCCGAGGUUGUGGUGGGCAUGACUAGUGUGGUGUGUGCUGGUGUGGGAGCCACACUACACCACCUCCCGCUCCCAAUGUGCUCCCUCACACCUAUUUCACCUCCACACACUGCGAGAAGAUGGUCUCGAACUGUAGCAGAGAUCUGUAGCGAGUGAUUUGCCAGAGAGGAAUCAGUUGCAGAUGCCGCUGAAGAUUCCGUAAUAAGUGGCACUUUUCCUCUGCUUGUAUUUCACUACUGACACUUUUUCCAGCCUUUGGACGAGGGUGUGUGUUCCUCGGGGUCUGGAGCACUCUUGGAGACAUUUGGUGCCAUAGUGGGAACAGUUCUGGAGUGGUGGGUUCAAGCAGUGGGUGCAGCCCCGAUACAGUGAUCUAAAGUCUUGCAAGUUGUACCACCUGGGUUGUUGUCUUUGAUCUACUCGGGCUCCUUAACUCGGUACAACAGUCUCAGCGAUGGUCUUAGACGGGGAGAGUGUGAGGCGGUAGAAGGUAGUCAUGAUGAAGGGUGUUGAAGAGGCACUCAUUUGGUGAGUGCACGCACACGCACACGCGGGUGGGACCUCUCAUCUUCACCUGCGUCAGUUGAAGAUUAGGCGCUGGAGCUGGGAUUGGUACAUGUUGGGAAACGCUGUCAUUGUGAACAGAAAGUCAUCGGUGGCGGAGGAGAGUGCGAGGAGCUCCCGUGACAGUGGCAGGCGGUGCAGGAAACUACAGGCAGCAGCGGCUGUAAGACGAAGCCAGUUGUGCUUCACCCUUAAUGGUGAAGAGAUUCGGAACACCAGCGAGAAGGUCCGAACAUUUCUCAUCACAGAGGAAAUGUCUCUAAUGGAGAAGACGAAGAAGUUGAGAGCUUACGAUCCGGCCAUCAAACGCCCCGCUGCCCAGAGGGAGUCGUUGCGAUGUAGCGUGGGCAGGAUGCUCCGGCGGAGACUUGGUGUGGUGUUUACGGCUGCCCUCCUCACUCCUGCUCUCGUCCUCUUCUUCCUCACCAGUCCAGCAGACCUGAGCGGAGAGCAAGCCCUGGUGCAGAGGAUGGCCGAGCUGCGGGAGCGUCUACACCACGCGGAGAUGCUGAACCAGGAGCGUCUCCAAGAUGUCAUCCUCCUCUCCAGGAAAUUCAACCUUAUCAUUGAGCCAGCGCCGGAGGGAGGUAACGUGACGGGGUUCCGGGCGGCGCUGUCGCAGGAGACCCGGGAACUACUCACCAACCUCAGCCACAACUCUGACAUGCACCUGCCCUCUAUCUACAGCUACCUGCCCCAUCUUCUCCACACCCGCGGCGCAACCACACCCGCCUUCAAGCUCUCCAAGGGCAGGCACUCUGCAACGAUGGUGCUGGGAGUGCCCACAGUGAAGCGCCAGGUACAGAGCUACCUCAUGACAACUCUCGGCAACCUCAUUAACUCCAUGUCCACCGAGGAGAUGGAGGAGUGCAUUAUUGUCGUCUUUGUGGCUGAAUGGGACUUGGACUAUGUGCGACAGGUUGCCUCACAGAUUGAGAGAAAGUUCCCAGAACAUCUUGAGAGUGGACUCCUUGAGGUCAUCUCUCCACCACAGUCCUUCUACCCUGAUAUGGACAAGUUGCGGCAAACUCUUGGUGACCCCAUGGAAAGAGUCAGGUGGAGAACCAAGCAGAACCUGGACUUUGCCUUCCUGAUGAUGUACUCUCAGCCUAAGGGAACGUUCUAUGUGCAGCUGGAAGACGACAUACAGACAAAGAAAGGUUAUAUUGCUACUAUGAAGAAAUUUGCUCUCCAGAAAACUUCAGAGAAGAAAAAUUGGUUUGUCCUGGAUUUUUGUCAGCUUGGAUUUAUAGGAAAAAUGUUCAAGUGUGUAGAGCUUCCGUACCUGGUACAAUUUUUCAUUAUGUUCUAUAAUGACAAACCUGUGGAUUGGCUUCUCGACUAUCUUAUUCAGACGAAGAUAUGUAACUUGGACAAGGAUACUAAACACUGCAAGAAAGCCAAAGAGAAUGUGUGGAUUCACUUCAAGCCUUCCCUAUUCCAACACGUAGGAACUCACUCGUCACUGAAGGGAAAAGUGCAGAAGUUGAAGGAUAAAUCAGCAGUAGGUAUUCCAGUGGUGAAUUCUGGCUCCAGGCUGAAGCUCGGGAAGAGCGGAAAGGACAAGCAGUUUGGGAAAAUACAGCUGUUCUUCCCCCAUGAUAAUCCAACAGCCAGUGUGGAAACACAGAUCAAACCCUACAAGGCAUUUACAUUGCAGCGAGCCUACAAAGGAGAGUCUUACUUUUGGGGUCUACUUCCUCAGCAAGGAGAUAAACUUCAGUUUAAAUUUGAACCACCAGUUGUUCUAAAAGGGUUCCUCUUCAGAAGUGGAAAUGUGGAGCAUCCUUCUGAUCGGCUGUACAACACUACAGUAGAGGUGCUGCCCACACACCCACUCUCCAGUUUGACAAAUUAUCAAAAGGAAAAAUUAAAAAUUACUGAAGAUAAUUACGUUGUAGUUGGGGAUUUUGAUGACAUGGGAGUAGCAGAAGGAACCAUUGACGAGUCGUUUGGUACAAUAAAAUCAUUACGCCUCAAUGUACAUGUUGAGAGUGAUAAUUGGGCUAUACUUAGCGAGAUACACAUUGAAACUCCAGACUCGAGGUGACCCGACGCCAUGUUGGCAUUCACCCUCUGGUGCCGAUGUCGCAGCAUAUCAUGCCAGCAGUGACCUUGGUUCCUUGUAUCUCACCAAUUUCAAAAUUUAUUAAUACCUCAGUACCUGUAUUAUCUGGAAUGUAUUUUACAAAUAGUAUAUUUAUAAAAGUAGUUGUAUAAAGAGUUAGAUUUUGAUAAUCAGAAUACAGUAAGAGCUAACUAAUUUGAACCUCAGUAGUCCAGAAAUCUGUAUUCCCUAGAGUGCAGGCAGGAAAGGCACAUAAUACUUUGCACUUAGAAGGAUUAGUUCCAAAUCUGAAGACAGAAAUAACACCACAUGAGACCAGCAGGCAUGGCAGGAUGUGCAAAAUAACCCCACUGAAAAGCAGAGGUGCUCAGUCAACAUCAAAAUCCCAAGACUUUUCAACAGUCUUUCCUCUACACAUACAGGUCAUAACUGGCCGACUUCUCGCAGUGUUCGAAAGAGAAAUUGACAAAGGAUACCUGAUCAAUCAGGCGGACUCAUGUCAGUUUGCGAGCAACCGUAUCAAAAAGCCUGGUUAAUCAGACUAGCAACCAGCUUGUCUAGCCUCACAAUAAACCCAGUUUGCACAUUCUGACAGCCCAUUAAGCCUGAUAGUAUGCCUAGCCUGACAAUCUGUCUAGUACCUCAGAUGUACCUAAGUACUUGUACCACUCCCACACUCCAUAUCACAAAUUUUUAUUCAGACAGUCUGUUCGCCUCACCAGUUUAUUGUACAUUUAUAUUGACAAACUUAAAACAAAAUAACAAACUUAACUUGAAACACUGACAAACUUAAAACAAAUAACAGGCAUAUCCAGGUAAGAGGCAUCCAGAAAGCAUGUGUUCAUCAGGUAGUUGUAAAAUUUAAGGAGCAACAGAAAUCAAAUUGGGUAACUGAUCUCUGUGAUUUGGAUUGGAGUGUACCCCUUAUGAUCUGAAAUAGUGAGUUUAGACAUUAAUCAAAUAAUAGGGUUCUGGAUAAUGCUGGUAUUAAUGUAUUUUGAAAAAUAGAACACUAUAUAAUUCUGUGACGUUUCCUAAUAUUACUAAGAGUUUGUUAAUGUUAAAUAGUAAAUUUUAAAAUAUUUUCUUAGGAAUUGGUAGUACUGUAUAAGUAGGAAUCUCAAAACUGCAUUGUUGCACCAACCAAAUUGUUUUAUAAGAUACAUAUGAAAAGCAAUAUUAUGUUGAAUCUCACAAAACCUUACAUUGAUGAUGGAUCAUCAUUUCUGUGUAAAAAGACAUUAAGUGAGAUGGAGGUAACUGCUGUGCAGCAUUUAGUCGUGUGAAGCUCAUGCGUGUCUAUGAAAAAUAAAUAUAAAUACGUUUAAGAUGUACAGAAUUCUUACACAAAUAAUAUUCAUAUUAAAAAACCCUGUACAGAAGACAACUAUCUUGAAUGAGAGGGUUGUUAUGAUGUAAUAUAUACUGAUGUCUUAGGAGUGAAUGCAAAAGAUGUAUAAAAAUGUGUGAAUUUAAUGUUGAAUGUUAUGUUUUUUAGUACAUUGAAGAUGGGUGUGGUCACUAAUUAUUAUAGGUCAAAACCUAACCAUUAUUCCUUGUUUUCUAGUUUAUAUUUUUAAAUUAUUUUUAUAUUGCUAUGUAUAAUUUUUGCUACCAAUGAAAAUACUUUAUUUAUAUUCUUUUGACCAGUUCUUGAUCUUUUAAGUAAAUAUUUUUGCCAAGUAAUAACCUUCAAGUUGACGUGUAAAUGAACGUGUUAUGUAUAGUAAGUAUGAUGAGAGAAGUGUAACAUUAUGAUAGCUGUUAUGUAUUGGGGUAAUUUGGUAAAUAGCUUUUUUGUA